AUGAUAGCCUCAGCUCUGGCUACUGUGACAAUAUGGGCGAUUCUCGUGGAUCAUGCAUUGGGGGCCUGCUCCACCUGGCAAAAACAGGUCAACGUUUCCAUGUGCAACUGGCAGGGCGUGCGCGAACUUAGUCAAGCCCUCAUGCUCAACGAGUCAUAUAGAGGAUUCGCGGACGGCUGCGUGAAUUAUGCCAACGAUGGCAACUUCCAGGGCUUCAUAUAUUCCCUCAAUCUCUCCACUCCCUUCAACACGAGUUCGGACUUUUUGGCCGUUCUCAACAAUGAGACAAUUGCAGGUGGAACAGCCAAUAACUUGGCUCCCAAUUACAUCGACGGAGUGAUGUUCUCGAACCAGAAUGAAUUCUACUUAUAUGGCGGUAUGCCCCGUCUCACCAACAGCAGUGAUCAGCCUCCUGCGGACCAAAUCUUGUCCUUCGAGGGAUAUCAGUAUGGCGCAUACAGGAACAAUUGGGGACCCGGAUGGCAUUCGGAGAAGCUGUCUUCCAAUGUCACCAGGUAUAUCACCAAUGGGGCUGGUGUGUCCGCGCCUAGUGAGAAUCUUGGUUUCUACUUCAGUGGCAUGCGUGACUCCAAUUGGGGAUCAAUCACGUACGAUCAGCUUAAUGCAAACAUGACUGCCAACACGAUGAUCACGGUCGAUAUGUCCAAGAUGGGAGAUGCCGCAUGGAGGAAUCAAAGUCUACCGGCUGAGGUACCCGGACGAGCCAAUGCAGAGCUGGUCUGGGUCCCUGUAUCGGACUCUGGCGUGCUCGUGGCGAUUGGUGGUGUUGUGAAUCCCGCUCAGUUCUAUCCGAAUACUGGAUUGAACACGUCCCAGACUGAGACGUCGCAAAAAGUCAGUCCGUCAUUCAUGAAGACUCUUCCUAUUUUCGAUGUCAAAACCCAGACGUGGUUCCUGCAAAAUACCACAGGUAAUAUACCACCUCAAUUGACCCAGUUUUGCUCCGUCUUGGCUAGUGCACCGGAUGACUCGUCACACAACAUCUACAUCUAUGGGGGCUAUGACGGCAUUGAUCUCAGUAGCAUACCUUCGGACGAUGUUUACGUCUUGUCUUUGCCGUCUUUCCAAUGGAUCAAGGUCUAUAACGGGACAAAUAGCCAUGGCCGAAGUGGUCAUCGUUGUCUCAAGAUCUACCCAGACCAGAUGAUGACACUAGGAGGAGUUCGCAAUGGUGCUACCGAGUGUUUGGAGGGAGGUGUUAUUGGGACCUUCAAUCUUAACACUCUAGAAUUCCAGGAUAAAUACGACCCGACACGAUGGAGCGAAUAUAAGGUCCCUAGCAAAAUUACAGCAAAAAUUGGCGGCAGCUCUUCUGGCGGCGCAACCAAAACAGCCCCAGAGACGUGGAACAAUUCAACAUUGGCAACCAUCUUCUCCAAACCAUACUCCAAGACAAUUCGAGACUACUGGCCAUACGGAGUCGCCGACGGAACACAGGCAAAUAAAACGUCCGAGCAGUCUGAUCGCCAUUUCCCCAAAUGGGCAGCAGCAGUACUCGGUAUACUGCUCGGUCUGCUGGUAAUCGGAGCGAUAGCUUUUGGCCUAUGGUUCUGGAGCCGUCGUCAACAACAACGAGAAGACAGCCUUCCUCCAUCCUUCUGUAAAACAAAUGGACCUAGAGAAGCGGACAGCACUGAAGUCAGCCACUUGAUGUACGGGGCAGGCCCGACGUCUCCGCGUCCCGGACCGCAAUCAGUAUCCACUGGACGGCGGACUGAAAUCACCGCGCCUUCGUCGAUUCAGGGCUCGUUUCUUACUUCGGUAUCUCCUCGCACCGUGGAAUCGGGUGGGGGAGCUGUACAUGAAUUGCAAGACUCUUCUCCCAUCGAACUCGCCACGCCUUAUAACGUACAAUCGGAUACUCCCGUGGUCACUCCCAUAACCACCCAUUCAUCGCCAAUUUCACCUGCAACACCUGCAGAUGAUAGCGGCACAACAGUACGCCCGGCGACGUUUCGGACCCCGUCCACAGCGUCAAGUAUACCAUCUCUUUCCAUCGAUACUAUGAUUGGGGGCCGUCGUUCCUACGUCCAGGAGAAGCGAGACAGUAGGAACAUGUUACAAUUGGGUCAUGGCUCUGAGGUUUCGGACUCUGAUGCGGGCGAGGACGGCCGUCGACGAAAGAUCGGGCAGGCUAUUCCUGAGGAUGACUUGUAUAUUCGCAGCGGUGUGUGA